UUGCGUAUGAUCUCUUCGGCGACUCCUGAGAAGAGAGCUAAACCAAGCGAGCCUAUAGAGCCUGAAGAUAUGGAUAUCAUUACAAUAUCAGAAACAGAGAGAGAUGAAAUUAAUGAUGACAUUGACCAAUGUGGGGGUACACCAAACACAGAAGAGCUUUGCAACGUCGCUCUACCAGUGAAAAGUCUGCCAUUAGUAUGUUCACUUGGGAAAGCCCUUCGUCUAAAUGAUGACCUCAUUGUUGGAUUCAUCGAGCUACCCAGUUUGUCAGUACUCCAUAAGAUCGCACGACAGCUCGUAGACAGUUGGUGGAAUAGUUUGAAAGAGGAAGGAAAAGAAGAUAAGUUUGCUAAGCUUCUCUCUGGGUUUAACAUCCCAGAUGUCAAAACAGGUUUGUUGGAAUCACAAUGCUGAGUUCAAUUGUGAUCUUUUUGAUAAGGAGAUUUGUACUCUUGAAAAGAAAAGUUUCAACCUCAAACUUGUAUUUCAGUGUUUUUUUUACACAUUUCAUUUAUUCCAUUUAUUGCGUUAAAUCAACAGGAUGAACAAAAGUACAUAUUAUAUUUAGUAGGUAAAAUUUUUGAAUUAACGUGUAUUUACAAAUCAUGGACAUUUGUUUUGGGUUUUUUUUUUUACUUGUCCUUAAAUUCAUCAAUGUUUUCCAGUUUAUUUCAUUUUUUCAGAGUCCUUCAGUGUCCUAAUUCACCACCAUCAUUCUGCUAUGUCCAUUAAAGUGGAUAUUUUCCUUCGCAUUGACAUAUGCAUUUUUUCAGUGUCCACAGGCCGUGAAGAAAUCUCAAAAGCCAUUGGAUCCAAGACAGACCUACUGGACUUGUGUCAUCGUCUGAGUGUUAAACCUUCUAGCGUCUUGCCGAUCAUGAGCACAUUGUUGACCUUCCCGCCUCACGUGAUUGGCCGUAGUGCUCUGAAGAUGCUUAAAGAGUGGGUACAUCAAGGUGGAACUAGGGAGAGGCUUCUCGAAGUUGCUCAGGCUUUCCGUUUCAACGAUGCAGCAGUCAAGAUAGCAGAAGCCAUAAAAUGCCAACCAAGCUAUUUGCCUUUCAUCUCGCAUGGCAUCAUUGAUCACAAGGGUGGAGAACUGACAUUUGAUGAACUUGGUAUUGUCGUAUCUAUCCCUGAAGGAGCUAUACCUAAAGGGAUGAGAUCAGUUUUAACUCUUCGCGUCCAAACUCAUGAUACUACUAAGCUUCCUGUACGGGAGGGUGAGGUAGUCAUUACUCCAGUCGUAGAAGGUUCUCUGACACAAGAACUGCUCAAGCCUGCCACGGUGGUAUUACCACACUGCAUCACUCACCAUGAACGUAAAGACGACUCUUCUGUUAUCUUGUACACAAGAACAGGACCAGGAAAGUUCGGUCGUAGGACCUUGACUCCGUCACCAAGCUUAAAAGAAAAGAUCAAGUUUCGUACACGUCAUCUUCAAGUCUGGGCUCUGGCAUCGACUGAUCUUCAAGGACUCCAGCUGAGAUGUGUAGUCUUCCAGCCUUUGUUCAUGACUCCUGCAGAGAAACCAACUCUACGUGUGUACAUACUUCAUCCAUAUAGAACCUAUAUAGAGGUACCCAUCAAGGGGAUACUUAGUGGAAAGUGCAGCCCUCUGAACUUCGAGCUUCAGUUCUCUCCUAAAGAGAAAGGAAAGAAGAACGUCCAUAUCGACAUACGACAAGGGUCAGCAACACGUGCAGAAAGAGAGUAUAUCAUUUCAAAAGAAGAUGAACCGGAUUAUGCAGUCGAUCACACAGAUUCGCAGGGGCGACGGCAGUAUGUAUCCAACAAUCUCCUCGAGAUCCUGGCAGAUAUAAUCCAUACACCAAAGGACUUAAAAUGCCUUGGCUACCAACUUGGCUUCUCUUACUCAGCUGUAGAGAAAUACAACGACCUACCAGACUUGUCAUUUGAUAGUGUCUCAAGAUUAGGCUUUGGAGAGAUGCUUCGUGACUGGAGACGGAGAGUUCGACCUAGUGAUCAGUUGGAUGAACUUCAUCUGGCAUUGCAAAAUGCUGGAUUAGGCCACACAGCUAAGGUUAUCCUACCUGAACUGAGUGGCACUUCUAGGAGGUACUUUGAACAGGUCAGAAAAGCAUGGGAGUCGAAGAAGUAGGCGACCUUGUCAUUGAAAUGUUUAUCAUCAUCCCACGACCAAGAGGGGAUUCACUUGAAGUAUGCAUUCAGCUGAGAAGCUUACAUCUUCAGAAACAUGUAUUCUAAGUCAGCAUGAUCCUCAGCCUGAAUCUCGAAGUUGCUUUUUUUUUUGCUAGCCAAUGCUACUGGGAGUCAUGUAUUUAAG